CACCAAGUAUUAACAAUUCGCGAAAUGCGAUUUGCCUGACUAGCGAGCUACCGAUCUUAUCCGAACCGUCGAUGUUAAACAUCUGGCUGCAAUUACUCUGCAAUUUCAAAACAUAAACCUAACAUUUAGCUUUAAAAUGGACUUCAAUCAGCAUGUGGAUUCCGCACUGACCACUUAUGUGGACAACACAAAGUUCUUCAGGGAAAUGGCAGACGUCGUGUCCGAUUUCAGUGAUGGCGGGGAGAUCCAGAAGCUGCUGGAGGAAAGCGCCCGCCUGCGCGUGGAGCACGCCGAGAAUCUCAUCCGUCUGAAGAGCAAGCACGAAGCACUCUGCCAGACUAUGCAGCAGGUCCAAAACUCCAGCUCCACCAUCGAACAGUUCAAUGAAGUCUGGAAGAAGCGCUCCGGAGCGGCGGAGCGGAAGCGCAUCAAUGUCAAAAACAUAGCCCAGUUCAAGAACUUCAAGAAAACUGUGGAAUCCACAGCUGCCCAGGCAGGUGCGGAUGUUAAUGGUCAAGCAAAUGGCGCCGCCCACGAUGAGGACCUUAUCAUCGAAGGAAUCGAAGAGACCGGCGGCGAGAUCUUCUCGCUCUACGAUCCCUGGUCCAAGGCCCUGAUGCAGAACCCCGUGCGCAACAAAAUGUGCGGUCAUAUCUACGACCGCGAUUCGGUAAUGCUGAUCAUUAAAGACAAGAUUGACAUUCGGUGUCCGGUGCUCGGCUGUGCCAACGAGACCUACAUCCAGCCAGCGCACCUGGUCGAGGAUGCCAUCGUCCGGCAAAAGGUACGACAGCGAAUGGCCGAAGAGGUUGAGGAUGACACUGCCUCGGAGGAGGACGAGGAACAGGCGGAUGAGGAUUGAGCAGAAUUCCGUUGUUGCCUAUCCUUAGCUGAACUUCAAUAGUAGUGCGUUUGUUCUACUUCCAUAGGAUGUAAUAUCUAAUCAUGACUAGGAUCAGCUCUUACAUUUUCAUCUGUAUUUGUAAUAAAUAUUUAUUAUUGUCGACAAUAAAUACUUAUCGGGUGGUCCGAUAAGUACUUAGCCUACAAAAGAAAAACAA